CAUAGUACGGUACAUGGUUGAGAAAACACAUGGGAUUCUAUAAAUGGAACCCUAAGUCGCGUUUUGUAUCUACGAAUUAAGUUAUUACGCUUUUAGUACAAGAGGAGGAUCGGAGUUUAUUACUAUGGCGAUUGUGGGUUAUACUUAUAAGCGUGUUUUCAUUUUGAAUGUCGUUUUGGUAAUUUGUGUGUUCUUGAAGGGGAUUAAUUGUCAGAGUAAUGGUUGGAUUAAUGCUCGUGCCACUUUCUAUGGCGGGAAUCAAAAUCCCAGCACCCUUGGUGGAGCUUGUGGGUACGAGAACAGCUAUGCAGCUGGAUUUGGUGUAAACACGGCGGCGUUGAGCGGUGCUCUAUAUAGGGGCGGGGAGGCUUGCGGGGCAUGCUAUCAGGUACUUUGCAACCGCCAGCUCGACUCGAAGUGGUGCCUCCGGCGAGCCUCGGUCACAGUAACCGCCACAAACUUCUGCCCGUCUAACAACCAAGGCGGGUGGUGCGAUCCGCCACGUCACCACUUCGACAUGUCCACACCCGCCUUCUUUCGCAUCGCCAGACAGGGUAAUGAAGGCGUGGUUCCUGUGCUCUACAGAAGGGUGGGAGGCAGAAUAAGUGGGGGAGUCCGAUUCACAUUAAAGGGUCACCCCAAUUUCAACAUGAAAAUGAGAACAAACGUGGGUGGAAGCGGUGACAGAAAACGCGCAUGGAUACCGGGCUCCAGAUCCCCAAUAUGGAGCCCCAUGCGCCGUAACUGGGGCGCCAACUGGCAAACCCACUUUGACGUCCGCACCCAAACGCUGUCGUUUAGGAUCACUCUGCUCGACGGCAAGACUACUGAAUUCCUCAACGUUGUUCCUUCUUCCUGGAAAUUCGGACAGACUUUUUCUUCCAGCAAACAGUUCUCUUAGUAAAUUAUUACUACCAACUUAAUUAAUUUAUAAUUAAAUGGAGAUUAUAUUACUCCAGAUUAAUUAAUUUAUUAAUAUUUAUUUUUCCAUGAACGAUCACUUUUUUUUUGGAUGGUCCAUGGAUAUAUAUAAACGUUUCAAUA